UUUACAAUACAUUGAUGAUAUCAUUGUGUGGGGAAACACAGCAGCAGAAGUGUCUGAGAAAGGAGAGAAAAUAAUCCAAAUUCUCCUGGAAGCUGGCUUUGCCAUUAAGAAAAGUAAAGUUAAGGGACCUGCUCAGGAGAUCCAGUUCCUGGGAGUGAAGUGGCAAGAUGGACAGCGCCAAAUUCCUACUGAUGUCAUCAACAAAAUCACAGCUAUGUCCCCACCAACCAACAAGAAGGAAACACAAGCUUUCUUAGGUGCUAUAGGUUUCUGGAGGAUGCACAUUCCUGAAUAUAGUCAGAUUGUGAGCCCUGUUUACUUGGUUACCCGUAAGAAGAAUGAUUUCUAUUGGGGCCCUGAACAGCAGCAAGCCUUUGCCCAGAUCAAGCAGGAGAUCGCUCAUGCGGUAGCUCUUGGCCCAGUCAGGACAGGACCAGAGGUGAAGAACGUGCUCUAUUCUGCAGCCGGGAACCAUGGCCUGUCCUGGAGCCUUUGGCAGAAGGUGCCUGGUGAGACCCGAGGCUGACCACUGGGAUUCUGGACUCAGAGCUACAGAGGGUCUGAAAGUAACUACACCCCAACGGAGAAGGAAAUCUUGGCCAUGUAUGAAGGAGUCCAAGCUGCUUCAGAAGUGAUUGGUACUGAGGUACAGCUCCUCCUGGCACCUUGACUACCCGUGCUGGGGUGGAUGUUUAGAGGAAAGGUUCCCUCCACCCACCAUGCCACCAAUGCUACAUGGAGCAAGUGGAUUGCCCUCAUUACACAGCGCACCCAAAUUGGGAAACUAAAUCGUCCCGGGAUUUUGGAGGUAAUUACAAAUUGGCCUGAGGGUGAAAGCUUCAGUCUCACUGGUGAAGAGGGAGAAGAGCAAGUGACCCGUGCUGAAGAAGCUCCACCAUAUAACCAACUGCCAGCAGAAGACACACGCUACGCUCUUUUUACUGAUGGUUCCUGUCGCCUUGUGGGGAUGAACCGGAAGUGGAAAGCAGCCGUAUGGAGCCCCACACGACAAGUUGCACAAGCUAUUGAAGGAGAAGGUAGAUCGAGUCAACUCGCGGAGCUCAAAGCUGUUCAGUUGGCCCUGGACAUUGCUGAAGCAGAGAAGUGGCCAAAACUUUAUACUGAUUCCUGGAUGGUAGCCAGUGCUCUGUGGGGAUGGCUGAAGAGAUGGAAGGAGGAGAACUGGCAGCGCAGAGGAAAACCAAUUUGGGCUGCUGAAGAAUGGAAAGACAUCGCUACCCGGUUAGAGAAACUACCUGUGAAGGUUCGCCAUGUAGAUGCCCAUGUCCCUAGAAGCAGAGCUAAUGAGGAGCAGCAGAACAAUCAGCAGGUAGAUCAGGCUGCAAAGAUAGGGGAGUUGAAGAUAGAUCUUGACUGGGAGCACAAAGGAGAGCUGUUCCUAGCACGAUGGGCCCAUGAUGCCUCAGGCCACCAGAGUAGAGAUGCCACCUAUAAGUGGGCACGAGACCGAGGGGUGGAUCUAACCAUGGACAGCAUUUCUCAGGUUAUUCAUGACUGUGAGACAUGUGCUGCCAUUAAGCAGGCUAAGUGGGUGAAGCCCCUCUGGUAUGGGGGGCGGUGGUCUAAGUACAAGUAUGGGGAGGCUUGGCAGAUUGAUUACAUCACACUGCCUCAAACCCGCCAAGGCAAGCGCCAUGUACUAACCAUGGUAGAAGCCACUACGGGAUGGUUGGAAACCUACCCCGUGUCUCAUGCUACAGCCCGCAACACCAUCCUGGGCCUUGAAAAGCAGGUCCUUUGGAGGCAUGGUACUCCUGAGAGGAUUGAGUCAGACAAUGGGACUCAUUUUAAAAAUAAUCUUAUUAACACCUGGGCUAGGGAACAUGGCAUUGAGUGGGUGUACCACAUCCCCUACCAUGCACCAGCUGCAGGUAAAGUGGAGAGGUACAAUGGAUUGUUAAAAACCACUUUGAAAGCACUGGGUGGGGGGGUCUUUCAAGAACUGGGAGCAGCAUUUAGCAAGGGCCACCUGGUUAGUUAACACUCAAGGUUCCACCAACCGAGCAGGUCCUGCCCAGUCUGAGCCCCUUAAUAUAGUAGAUGGAGAUAAAGUCCCAGUGGCCCAUGUCAGAGGUUUGUUGGGGAAGACAGUAUGGAUUAACCCUGCCUUGAGUACAGGCAAACCCAUUCAUGGGAUUGUCUUUGCUCAAGGACCAGGUUAUACCUGGUGGAUAAUGCAGAAAGAUGGGACAACCCGUUGUGUACCUCAGGGAGAUCUGAUUGGGGGAUGAUAUCAUUGUUUGCUGAGUGUUACCACCAUUAUCUGUACGUUAGAUCAUACAGAUAUGAGACAGAAGGAAACGUGAAAGUGUCAAAGGUCUGAGCAAGUAAGAUGGAAGGAAAUGUGUAAGUGUGGAAGGUUUGAGCAAGUGAGAAGAAAGUUUUUUCAUUGUGUUCAGUAACAUGGUCACGAUAUGGGAUAAGGGGUAGAAUGUCCUGGGGUGACAGGACAUUUUCAUGCUUUGUAUCCCAAAUCGUGUGUUUCUGUUCCCAUGUUCUCAGUUUGUUUUGUCUAUAGCUGAGCCCCUCCCCCGGCUGCUUGCUUUUGGCUUGCUUGCUGCUAGCUUAGGCUUGCUUUGCUGGCUUUGCUCUCUUGCUUUCUGCUUUUUUAUUUUUUUGCUUGCUUUUUGCCAUUUUUCUGCUUUUGUUUUUCCCCUUCUUUCCUUCCUCCCCUUCCCUGAAGACAUUGGACCUGCUUCGGGCCCUGAUUCGGGAACGUCAAGGGACCCCUCCCCUGGAGUCUGCACCUGAGAGAAGCUUUGGCACCCUCCCCAGCAGAGACUGCUCACCCUCUCUUGGACUGACUCUGCUGUCACCGAGAAGCCUUACAAAUGGUGCCCAGACAUGGCUGAAGGACCGAUUCAGCUUUUCCACCCGUGGGAGACUUCUCCAUGGAAGCUCUGAGUGGGAUGUCCCAAGCAUGGCAAGCCGAAGCCAGUGCUCGGAGGAGGGACGUGAAGCAGCGUCCACGCAGACAGGAGUGCCUGGCCAACACUCCAUGCCGUUCGAG